UUCAAUCCCGAUCUCUCUACUAUCGUACUCACUGUAUUCAACACUUUGUGCCUAAUUGCCUCUCCGCCGCCAAAAUGACGCAAAAGUACUAUGUCACCUAUAACCAGGUAUGCUUGCUUUUUUCUUUUUUGGCCCCUUGCAGACCAGACAUUUGCGUCACCCCCCCUCUCGCGCAGUAUCUCUCACUCGUUGAGACGAGGCGUUCAUCACUGUCCGCGUGCGCGCACUGUCCCGCCAGUCCAGCAUGAGUUUAUCAACUUAUUGUCAAUAAUUUGGUUAACGUCUAUCGGAGCGUGAUAGGUCCACAAACUAUGCCAGGACUCUGCCGACAAGAUCCUGUCCACUAUCCGCCCUAAUUUGAUGAUCGCCAUUGGUGGUGGUGGUUAUGUUCCUGCUCGUAUCCUCCGAUCUUUCCUGAAGCGCUCGGGCGAGCCCAACAUUCCCAUCCAAGCCAUCGGUUUGUCUCUCUACGAGGACCUCGGCCGCGGCGAUCCCGAGGAGGUCCCUGGUACCAAGGUCACCCGGACACAGUGGCUCGACCUUAGCUCUUUGGAGAUGUCGAAUCUGAUUGGCAAAAAUAUCCUCAUUGUUGAUGAGGUUGACGACACUCGCACGACCCUCGAAUACGCCGUGCGCGAGCUCCAGAAGGAUGUCGAGGACGCGCAGAAGCAGCUUGGACGGGAAGGCGAGAAGACGAACUUCUCUAUUUUCGUGCUUCACAACAAGAACAAGUCCAAGAAGGGUGUCUUGCCAGCUGAUAUGAUGGAAUCCGGUCGUUACCAUGCCGCGGUUACUACCGAGGAUGUAUGGAUCUGCUAUCCUUGGGAAGCCAAGGACAUUGAUGAGCACGACCGAUUGGCCAAGGAAAACCCUCUCUUCUAAGCUCCUUGUCCGUCAACACCUGCAUGACUUAUCCGACGCUCGAUGCACCGGACCCGCCGUUCCUGCAUCCCAGUUCAUCUAUUAUGCAUAUACAUCGCUUCGGUUUACAAGACACAUUAUACUCUUUUUUU